CAUUGUGUUCGUAUCGUAAAAUUCAAAGAAAUAUUUUUUUUUUCAUAAAAAAGUGAAUCAUUUCUUCUCUCAGCAUCGUACAGUUUUAUUCAAAUUGUUUUUUUCCAUAAAUUUUCUCAAUUUCUCAACAUCAAACAAGUUAAAAAUAUAUCCUCAAAUUUGGAAAGAAUAUACCUGAUUUACCUACAUUACAAACGAUUACAAUCCGAGAAAUAAAAAACCUUGCAAAUAAAAGUUGAAUGCCACUCCCCUUAAUCCCUGUUACAAGGCUUAUCAUCAAUUUUUUUUUUUUUUUUGAGUGAAAUAAAAAAGAUACACAAGUAAAUAUAACAACUUUCAUUCAUUCAUUAUGUGGAAAGCUUCUGCUGGUCAUCAAAUUCAAAAUGAACAAAGCAACGACAAUGACGACGAUUGGGAAACCGAUCCGGAUUUUAUAAACGAUGUCACCGAACAAGAACAACGAUGGGGUUCAAAGACCAUUGAAGGCAGUGGUCGAACUGCUGGAUCAAUAAAUAUGCAACAAUUACGUGAAGAAACAGAAAAGUCUGAUCAAGAUCGAAAAAAGAAAGAAAUAGAAGAAUUGAAUCCUGGCUACGGCUAUGGAGGGAAAUUUGGUGUUCAAACUGAUCGUAUGGACAAAUCGGCUAUGGGCCAUGAUUAUGUUGGGAAAGUUGAGAAGCAUGCUUCCCAAAAAGACUACAGUGAUGGUUUUGGGGGUAAAUUUGGGGUUCAGACAGAUCGAGUUGAUAAAUCAGCUGUGAAUUGGGAUUACAAUGAAAAAACAGAGAAGCAUAGUUCACAAAAAGAUUAUGCUACUGGAUUUGGUGGCAAAUUUGGUGUUCAAUCGGAUCGUGUUGAUAAAUCUGCUUUGGGAUGGGAUCAUGUUGAAAAAGUGGAAAAACAUGAAUCACAAAAAGAUUAUUCGAAGGGCUUUGGAGGAAAGUUUGGUGUUCAAGAAGAUCGAAAAGAUAAAUCAGCUGUUGGAUGGGAUCAUAUAGAAAAACCUCAAAAGCAUGAAAGCCAACUGGACCAUAAAGUUGGAUUUGGUGGAAAAUUUGGAGUUCAAAAAGAUCGUAUGGACAAAUCAGCUCUAGGCUUUGACGACGAUAAAAAUAACAAAAUCGGAACAUCCUAUACAAAAGUUAAGCCAAACAUUGAAGGAGCCAAACCAUCAAAUCUUCGAGCGAAAUUCGAAAAUCUUGCUAAAAAUUCCGAGGAAGAAACUCGCAAGAGAUCAGACGAACAGAAAAAGAUACGUGAAGAAAAAGAUCGUAAAGAUCGCGAGGAAGCUUCCAAGCAAACAGUAGUUGAGAAUACACCACGACAAGCAUCUGAGGAAGCUCGUCCAAUGGUUCGAUCGACUUCUAUAACAACAGGACGUACAGGUGGAAUUGGAAGUGCAAUUAACGCAUUUAACAAGAUGCAGUCUCCAACAGACGAUAAACCUGCUCCGCGAAAGGAACCAAUUGUUAUACCGCGAGAUGCACCAGAGCCAGUUUCUGUACAACCGGACCUUAUUCCUGCAGUCGAAGUUCAGAAAGAAGUUGAACGAGUUAAAGAGGUUGUUCCUGAAGUUGUUCCUGAUAUAACUCCAGCUAAAGCUCCACUUGCCCAGCAGCCAAUCAUUGCUAAUGAAGAAGUAAAAGUCCAAACUGAGAAGGUUGAAAAAGUUCAACCGAUAAGUGAACCCAUUUAUCAAAAUCAAGAAGAAGCUCAAUUGACUGAUACUCACCAAGCACAAAAUGUUGAAUCAAUUUAUGCAAACACCGACAACCUUGACUACAUCGAAGAUACUGGAAUAAAGGCAACUGCUCUCUACGACUAUCAAGCAGCUGACGAUGAUGAGAUAUCAUUUGAUCCUGAUGAUAUCAUAACGCACAUUGAAAUGAUUGACGAAGGAUGGUGGCGUGGUAUGUGCAAGAAUCGGCACGGCUUGUUCCCUGCUAACUAUGUGCAAUUAAUUGAACAACAAGAGACAUAGACUACUUAUUAAAUUUUAUUGCAAAAAACAUUAACAUAUUCUUCCAUCAAACUGAAAAAAAAAAACUCUAUUAACUGCUAGAAAAAAUUAAAGACUUUGUUGAAAUUUAGAUAAGAUAACAGUAUUUGUGCUCUAGAAACGUGUAAAGUUUGUAAGAGCGAAGAGUUUUAAAAGUGAUAACAUUUUAUUUUUUUGUUUAACUUUUUUUUAUAUUUUUUGUUUAUUGUAACUUUUUUUAAAUUUUUUUACUUCGUGUCCUUUGAUAAAUAUAGAGAAAAAAAUCAUUCUAGUUCAUACAAUUUUAAUUCUACUAUUAAAUGCAUGUAAGUUGAAAAUUUCUUAAAUUUUUUUACUAAGCCAGUUCAGGUUUCUUAGAGAUGGCAAAAAAAAUUUCCUCUGAAUUGAUGGAAUUUAAAAAUUUUGUUCAUAUACCAAUUUACAGAAAUGACCGUUUUAGAUGUCUAAAACUUGAACUGGUUAAUUAUGUGACAAAUAUUAUUGUAUUUUUAUUUAAUAACUGCAAA